CUGUCCGAUCACAAGAAGAAGCUGGAUGAGCUGUCGAUGACAGUGGAGCUGCUGGAGGAGGGGAAAAAGCGUCUGCUGCGUGAGCUGGAAGCAGCCAACAGCGAGUAUGAGGAAAAGGCCUCGGCCUACGAUAAGCUGGAGAAGAGCCGCAGCCGGCUGCAGCAGGAGCUGGAGGAUGUCCUCAUGGACCUGGACAACCAGCGGCAGCUAGUCUUCAACCUAGAGAAGAAGCAGAAGAAGUUUGAUCAGAUGUUGGCGGAGGAGCGAGCCGUGUCGUCUAAGUUUGCAGAGGAGCGAGAUCGAGCAGAGUCAGAGGUGAGAGAGAAGGAGACCAGGGUUUUAGCUCUGACCAAGGCUCUGGAGGAGAAGCAGGAGAUUCUGGAGGAGGCGGAGAAGACCAUGAGGGCAUUCCGAGCUGAGAUGGAAGACCUCAUCAGCUCCAAGGAUGACGUGGGGAAAAGUGUUCAUGAUCUGGAGAAAGCAAAGCGAGGCCUGGAGGCCAUGGUGGAGGAGAUGAGGAUGCAGCUGGGGGAGCUGGAGGAUGAGCUGCAGGUUGCUGAGGAUGCCAAGCUGCGCUUGGAGGUCAACAGUCAGGCUCUGAAAGCUCAACAUGAGCGAGAGCUUCUGGCCCGUGAGGAGAUGGGCGAGGAGAAGAGGAAGCAGCUCCUCAGACAGGUGCGUGAGCUGGAGGCAGAACUGGAGGAGGAGAGGAAGCAGCGAGGUCAGGGGUCAGCUAUGAAGAAGAAGCUGGAGGGCGAGCUGAAGGACAUAGAGGACCAGCUAGAAGCUACCACCAGGGGACGUGAGGAGGCACUCAAGCAGCUCCGCAAACUCCAGGGGCAGGUGAAGGAGCUCCAGAGGGAGGUGGAGGACUCCCGUGCUUCCCAGAAGGAGCUUGUCUCCUCAGCUAGGGAGUCGGAGCGCCGAUCCAAGAUGAUGGAGGCAGAACUCCACCAAUUGCACGAGAUGUUGGCAGCUGCUGAAAGAGCUCGUAAGCAGGUGGAGGCAGAGAGAGACGAGCUGCUGGAGGAGCUGAGUAACUCCUCUGGAAGGUCCCUGUCGUCUGAUGAAAAGCGUCGACUGGAGAUGAAGAUCAGUCAGCUGGAGGAGGAACUGGAGGAGGAGCAGGCCAAUGUGGAGAACCUCAACGAGCGUCUGAGGAAGAACCAGCAGCUCGUGGAUCAGCUGGGGGCAGAGCUGACGGCUGAGAGAUCCUCCUCUCAGACCAAGGAGUCCUCCAGGCAGCAGCUGGAGAGACAAAACCGCGAGCUGAAGGCCAAACUGCAGGAGAUGGAGAACCAGAACCGCUCCAAGCUUAAAUCCUCCGUUGCUGCUCUGGAGGCCAAGCUGAAGGAGACGGAGGAGCAGCUGGAGGUGGAGAACAGAGAGCGACAAAACAACGCCAAGAAUCUGCGUCUAAAAGAGAAGAAGGUGAAGGAUUUAACCGUCCAGAUGGAGGAUGAGAGGAAGCAGGCGCAGCAGUACAAAGACCAGGCGGAGAAGGGCAACGCCCGGCUGAAGCAGCUAAAGCACCAGCUGGAGGAGGCAGAGGAGGAGGCGCAGCGCGUGGCAGCUGCACGCAGGAAGCUGCAAAGGGAACUGGAGGAGGCAACAGAGGCUAAUGAUGCCCUCAGCAGGGAGGUGUCCUCUCUCAGGAGCAAACUGAGGCGCGGCGGUGGGGAGGUGGUGUUCAGCUCUCCUCGGAGCAGCGGAGGCCUCACCAGGAGCUCGGUUGUGGGGGGCAGCAUGAGCCGGCGGGUCAAGGAGAACUCGGUGGAGCAGCAGGAGGAUGAAGCUCCCUCCCCGUCUCCUCCCACCUCCUCCCCUGCUCUGGAUCGUCACGGGGAGGACCCGUACGAGUAAAGACACCGCCUGAAGGGAUCAGAUUUGUUCACUUUAAGCUUCUAAGGCUGAAUGCUCCAGUUUAGUUUGUCAGUAAAGAUAUUUUUAAUAAACCAGCAUCACAUAUUUAAACGUCUAAAAACCCAAAAAGGUUUCUGAUGAUAUAUUUUUCUAUUUAUUAAUUAGACUUUUGAAUAAAAUGCCCAAUUAUACUCAAGCUGUGUUCCCUCGGACGUGAAAUUUGUUUAUUUGAUAAAAAGCUUACAGGCGUUUUCAUUUUGUUCUCUGAAAAAUGAAGCUGAAUUACAUUUAUUAGAAUUAUUGGUUUCUGAAGGAAAUCUGACUUCCUGUUUAUUUAAUAGUAAAUUAUUUUAAAUUUGUUUACAAUUAUAGUCAUGAUGCAAUCUUUGUGGAGCUCCACCUCGACUUUGCACAAUCCUCUUCCAUGAUUAGUUUUGUAUUUUAAUGGAUGCUUUAAAUGUUCACCAGUUACUAAAAGUUUCACUUUGUUUUUUGUCUUCAAAUUGCUCCUGAUAAUGGGAUUGCCUUCCUGGCCAAAUAACAGUUAAAUAAAUAAGAAAAAUAAUAUAAAAAUUCAAGUGUAGUUAUUUUUACAGAAAACUGCCAGAACAGAAAAAUACUGGGCAGAAACAUGCAGGGGGACACAUAACUCGUUUGUUUUUGUGUAAAUAAACAUGUUCACAUGACCUCGAAGCAAAUGGAAUGUUUUUAUCUGGACGAGGGAAGGAGACAACGCUUCCCGUGUUUUUACCAGAUGUUACAACUUUUAAUGUUAAAGCAGUUCGGAGUUCCCUCGGAGGAUUUAAGGUCAUCAACAAGAAAUCCGUUUCAGAAACUGAACAUUUGCAUUCUUUGAACUAAAUGUGAGAUUUAAAAAUUCAUAAUAAUUCAUAUAAUGAAGCAAUUCAACCCAAAAUGAAUAAAGUUUCAUCAAACCACCAA